CAUUUACUUUUAAACAGCAACCAAAAAACUUUAAAGCAUUUUAACUUAUAGUAUGGUAACAUCGACAGCUAUAAUCCACGUUAGUAAAAGCUUGGGGCCCUCAACCAUUUUUACGAGUAUAAAUUGGCCCUGAGACUAAGAGUUUGGGAAAUGCGGUAGCUCUACGAGGCUGUGCCAUUCUUGACGCCGAAUCAGUGAAUUUCGAAGAAGGAAGGUCGUCGGCCCGCCGCCUCACCGCCAAGCUGGAGCCUCGCGCUCCAAAUGCGUCCUUCGAAGUCUUCGGCAAAAGCGGGACUGAGGAGUCCAGUCGUGUCGCCAAGCCAGCCACGAUUCCUCGCGUGGAAGGCUGGACAAUGUUUUCUACCUCACAGGACCACCGAAAUGACUGCCUUAGGUAUCCCCAGAAAUCUGCGAUGAGUCACAUCCUGUUCUACAGAAGCAAAAGCUGAAGCUCAGAGAUGCCAAGAGCUUUGCUGGGGUCCCGCGACUAACUGGUUCUAAGACCCAGACACCCUAGCUACCCGGACGCGCCAGGUUACAACCCGGCGUCGAACAGCCGCCGGAUCCUCCUGCCAGCUACACAUCCGGCGCCCAGGCCGGAAGCUUCCCUUCCGGUUCCCAAGACCGCGCUCCGGAAAUGAGUCACUCUACCAGUACCUAAGAUGGCCGCCAACCUAUCCACCGCCACGAUCAAUGGAAGGGACGUGUUCACGAACCCGGAAGUUGCCCAACUCCGCCAUGGCAGGAGCUAAGGGCGCCGGGGGCGUGGCUUCCGGCGGCCACAGUCUGUAAGUCGCGGCGGCGGGGUCCAGCCGGGUGGCAGCUGACAGGCGCUCCUCCCCUGACGGCAGCGGCUGGUGCCCAGCGAGGCGGGCGGCCCCCAGCUCGCGUCCCCGCGUCCCAGCCCGCGAGGCGCCAGGGCUGCGCCAGGGCAUGGAAGAGGGGAAGAUGGACGAGAAUGAAUGGGGGUACCACGGAGAAGGCAAUAAGAGCUUGGUGGUGGCCCACGCGCAGCGCUGUGUUGUGCUGCGUUUUCUGAAGUUUCCUCCAAAUAGGAAGAAGACCUCAGAAGAGAUAUUUCAGCACCUGCAGAACAUAGUGGACUUUGGCAAAAAUGUCAUGAAAGAGUUUUUGGGGGAGAACUACGUUCAUUGUGGGGAAGUUGUGCAGCUACCUUUAGAGUUUGUGAAACAGCUUUGUUUAAAGAUACAAUCUGAAAGACCAGAGUCUCGCUGUGACAAGGACCUGGACACUCUCAGUGGUUACGCUAUGUGCCUUCCCAAUUUAACCAGACUUCAGACCUACCACUUUGCAGAGCACCGGCCAAUUCUGUGUGUAGAGAUUAAGCCAAAAUGUGGAUUCAUUCCUUUCUCGAGUGAUGUCACGCAUGAGAUGAAGCAUAAGGUCUGUCGUUACUGCAUGCACCAGCACCUCAAGGUGGCAACUGGGAAAUGGAAGCAGAUCAGUAAAUACUGUCCCCUUGAUCUCUACUCAGGAAACAAACAGAGAAUGCACUUUGCCUUGAAGAGUUUGCUGCAGGAGGCACAGAACAACUUAAAGAUAUUUAAGAAUGGUGAGCUGAUUUAUGGCUGCAAAGAUGCCCGGAGUCCCGUGGCUGACUGGAGCGAGCUUGCACACCACCUGAAGCCAUUCUUCUUCCCUUCCAACGGCCUGGCCAGUGGGCCCCACUGCACAAGGGCUGUAAUCAGGGAGCUGGUGCACGUGAUCACGCGGGUGCUGCUGAGCAGCUCGGACAAGGGCCGGGCAGGCACCCUGAGACCGGGGCUUCGGCCUCGGGGCCCGCGAGUCUGUGAAGCCAGCCCCUUCAGCAGGAGCCUGCGCUGCCAAGGAAAAAACACCCCAGAGCGCUCGGGGUUACCGAAGGGCUGUCUUCUGUACAAAACCCUCCAGGUGCAGAUGUUGGACCUGCUGGACAUCGAAGGCCUCUACCCUCUGUACAACCGGGUUGAGCGAUACCUGGAAGAGUUUCCCGAGGAGAGAAAAACCUUACAAAUAGAUGGGCCUUAUGAUGAAGCAUUUUACCAGAAGCUGCUUGACCUUUCCACUGAGGAUGACGGGACAGUGGCAUUCGCAUUAACGAAGGUGCAGCAGUACCGCGUCGCCAUGACUGCCAAGGACUGCUCCAUCAUGAUCGCGCUCUCCCCCUGUCUGCAGGAUGCCAGCUCUGAUCAAAGGCCUGUCGUCCCUUCAUCGAGGUCCAGGUUUGCCUUCUCCGUGUCUGUGCUGGACCUUGACCUCAAGCCCUACGAGAGCAUUCCCCAUCAGUAUAAGCUGGACGGCAAGAUCGUCAACUAUUAUUCAAAGACAGUAUGUGCCAAAGACAACGCUGUGAUGUCGACUCGGUUCAAGGAAAGUGAAGAUUGCACAUUAGUUCUCCACAAGGUCUAACUCUUUGCCUGCAGUGUCUUUGAAACUUGAACAUAGAAUGUGAAGGUUGAAUGAUAGAGCUAUUUUCUGUUGUGUUGCGUGACCUUUGGUUGUGAAUGUUUUUGCUUUUAAACCCUGUUGAGGUGGGAUUGCCUCUUGGAGAAAUGAAAUUGAAGAGCACUAGAAACAUCUUCCUGGACAAGGAAUGUAGGACAUGAGUGCUGUGUCCCAGGAAGCUGCUCACAUUCUUAAAAUGGAAGUGUCCGUUAAGCCCUGGGGAGACCCUCUGGGUAGUUCUUUCUUCCCAACCAGGGCUCGUGUCUGAUUCUCUAAUGCAAAAAAGCCUUAUUCUAAGACCCAAGCUUUGGAUCUGCUACCACCAGACUCCUAACAUAGAAAACUUGAAUUAUUACAUAUAUUUACAGUUUGGACUUUUAAGGAAACAUGGAUACUACUGGAACUUUCCCCAGCUGAGUUACAUGGUCACUUUUUCAGUGCAAGCCACAUAUCAACACAGGUUUUUAGGGGGUUCCCUGCUGCAGAGCGUGACCUCAUGGUUGUUUGGACACCAGUUCUGAGCAGUAUAGACUCAGGGUCCCUGUGGCGGUGCUGAAGCCCACGGCUCCACGCGGGGCGGCAGGGAGCACGAGACUCACUCAGGUCAGGAUGGACACCACUCAUGCGAGCAUUGACCUUUUUUUUUUUUUUUUUGCUUUAUGAUUUUAUCUUUCACAUGAAGGGGAGAUGUGUUCUUUCCCACUGGAAAUUGCUGCUGUAGAAGCUGGAGGUGGAGCUGUGGCUGGCUGAGCUGCUGUGGCCGGGCUGGGCAGUGCGCCCCAACAGCUCAGUGCUUUUCUGACACUCCGGUGUUUGGGGUGAUUGAGGAGCAAGUUUUCUCUUCCUCCUGGACUGAGUUCCUCCCUCGGGUUUGCCUUGAGAUGCGUUGUUGGGCGCCAUGGCCUCUUCCUGUCCGGCUGCCACAGGCCCUGCUUCUGGAAGGCAAACAGCUCCUGGCUGCUGCCGAGAGGGUUCUUGUUGGGGUCACCAAAGUGUGCCCAGCUGCUAUGAAAAACGUUGGGAAUCUUGGUUUCAGUUUUUUAUUGUAUGCUAGGUUGUACAGACUGAUUAUUUAUAUCAUCGUUUUGAGGGACUAAUGGAGGCUUAUUGUAACAUAUAAUAUUAGUGAAACCAUGGAAUUAUAUGAAAAUGAUACAUGAGAAAUAAGGAAACUAUUUUGCUGAUUGUAAAGUUUUGUGGGAAAUUUUGUGAUAACUUGAGAAUUAUACUUGUUUGAAUCAAGGCAA